GCAAUGGAGUUUUUUUAAUUUAGGAGGCAGAGCAGAGUUUUUAGAUAAUUGAUUAGAAAAUGGAGGUUGAAUAGGAAUUAUCGUCAGUGAUGAUUGAUGACAUGAUUGGGAGGAACAGGAAUAUUUAAAUGAUGAAAUCCAAAGGCAAAAAAGAUGGAAAAACAGCCGCAGAUGGAUCAGGAGUUCCCAAUGGUACCACUAAGGAUAAAGGUGGCAGUGGAGAUGGAAAGCCGGUGCCCCUAACCCCGUACCGACGAUCACCCCGAAGAAACGGUUGGAGCUGCCCUCUUCAUGUUCUUCAAAUUGUGGCCUGGUUCUUUCUCCUGGUUUUCAACGUCUUCUACUUUGGUGUCAUGGUUCCAGUACUUCCCUAUGAAUGGCAGCCAGCUGGUUAUAUUAUUGUGGGCAUUUUUGUGUUGUGUCAUGUGAUCUCUCAUGUAACCUGUCUCACAAUCAACCCCGCUGACCCCAAUACUUUAAAACGGAGGGAAGAGAGAGAGAUGCCUGUGUUCAACCGCCAGCUGCAUGCACAUGUUAUAGAGAACAACCACUGUUAUCUGUGUGAAGUUAAUGUAGAUAAAUCAUCGAAACAUUGCAGUGCUUGUAACAAAUGUGUCAUUGGAUUUGACCACCAUUGCAAGUGGCUGAAUAGUUGCAUAGGUUCUAGGAAUUAUAGAUUGUUUAUAGGCUGUUUGGUGACAGCAUUCGUCUGUUGUCUCUUAGUAUGUAUGGUCGCGUUGUAUAUAGCCAUCGUAUAUCAGGUCAACCCAGUGCUGCUGCACCCAAAUGAAUUAAAAGCUUACAGAGAUGGGGAACCUUUUUCUUGCCAGAUAUCCACAGCAACUCCUCCCGACAUGACUGCAGCCAAUGAGUCUGCUGUCACCUCACAAGCCACUCCUGUCUGCGACUUUCACCAGAAUCUCAAGAUCUUUGGACCGGUGUCGGGGCAAGCGUUCUUCGCUGUGAUGAUUGUUCUUGCGAUCCUACUCUUAAUCAGCCUCAUUCUUCUAGGUCACCUCCUGGGCUUCCAUUUGUAUCUCAUGUCUCAAGGCCUGGGUACUUAUGACUACAUCAUGAAGCAGCGGGCUGAAGAGGAGGAGGAGGAGGAGGAAUCCUCUAGACCUGAACCUCCAGCAAGGGAAGGCAAAGGAUGCUGCUCACAUAAAAGGACUGGUAGAGUUGCACCAACAGAAGGAGGCAAUGAAGAUAUAGAAAUGCGAAAUACAAGGAGCAGACAUAAUUCAGAUCAAGCUACGGAGACUACACAAGGAACCAACAAUCAAAGGAAUGCAAUUGUAGAAAUAUCUAGAGAGACCACUGUUGUGGUUCAUCAAGAGGGCAAAGUCAAGGAACCUAAGAGCGGUAGAUCUACCUCAAGCAAAACAAAGAAAAAGAAGAGGAAGAGGCUGACACCCAGAGCCCUGCCACCCCCGCCCGCAUCCCUACCCCAGCCCCAGCGGCACCACCAUCCCACCUACAACCCAUACCAGGCCUCGGGGGACUCCACCCAACCACAACCCCUGCCUUCCCCCCUGCCAUACACAGAGGAGACAUGGAUGUACCCUCAUGGAGGGCUGGGGGGGAACAUGGGGGCGGGGAUGAUGCAACCCGAGACGUACAUAGAGCAGCACAUAGUGCGGCGCUUCAGUAUACCGAUGGUGCAGGGUGGAGGUGGAGCCAUGCCCAUGCCCUUUCCUCUGCAUACCUCAAACAGUGUGAAUGAACUGAUGCCCAUCAGUGCCAGGAGUAUAGUCCCACCUGUCCCCUUGAGUAGGGCAGCUCUCCCCCCACUCACCAGACAGAUCAGCAUGGAUCCUCCUCCCCCUGCCCUAGACUACCACUCCUCAUCUGCUGAAUCCCUCCAUGAACUAGCGACAUCAGAGAAUGUGAGCUCUCUGAAGAAGCUGCAGGAGGUGAGUGACCUCUCCGCUUCGUUCCCACCCACCCAGCAUAGCCCCUCAAGAAUCGGAAGCAAACCGGCAGACAUUGCUCCUGAAGCACCAUCUGUUGAGAAGAAAAAGAAAUCGAAACUGAAAUUGAAGUUGAAAAAGAAGAAAUCGGGCGCCGACUCCAAGAAAGGGGGUAGCGAUAGCGGAUGGAAGGCGCAACAGGGUGAGGAUGUCACCGACUCAAAGGCUUCACGGAGCCCUCAGAAGGAGGGUUACCAAGAGCUUGCAACAGCCGAUGAAAGGCAGGCUGAGUCGUCAUCUGCACCGACCGUUCCUCUCCUGGACCUCAGUGGGUUACCGGGCAAUGAGGAGGAGGAGGAGGAGGAUGAGAAGGACAAUGAUUCUCAAGAAGGGGAUAAGAUCAUUCCCCCUCCUGAGGUUCCAAUCACCAACCUGGAGGAUGAGGAGAGCAUGGUGCGGGCAAACAGAAGGAGAUCUCUCAUGCUUUUACGAUGAGCUCUCAUGGAUAGGCUAUCAGUAGGCUGCUAGGAGCCAGGUUCAAUCUCUCGGAUCAUAUUAUAGAAUGUUCACGUCUAUUUGAUGAUUUACUCAAUCUGAUCAUUGAAAUGGAAUAUAUAUUAAUGUAUUUAUCAAGGUUUGUGUCAUAUCUGUAAUGCAUGCUGCAAUUAAUUGUGCCAUUAAUAUUACGUGACAAUCUCUCUCCCUCUCUCUUCCCCUCUCCCUCUCUCUUCCCCUCUCCCUCUCUCACUCUCUCUCUCUCUCUCUCUCUAUCAUGACUUUGAUGGGAAUACCUAAAAAAUGACAAUAUAAGUCGUAGGUGCAUUCACUGUCUGUGAUGAAGUCAGGAGCAGCAAAUUACCUACACAUAAAUGCUAGAACCUUGUUUAUUCAUUGCUUACCACAUUGUAUUACUAUGCAGUUCUUCAAGUUAUGAAAAAA